CGUCUGUGUCCCCGGGGAGGAUGUUGUUUCUGUCCUGUAGGCUUCAGAGGAGCAGGUCGUUCACGAUGGCUUUCUUCACGCACCGAGUCUGCAGAAGCUUUUCGUCUUCGGCUGUCAGAAAUGUUGUUAUUAAGCAUGUAACAAUCAUCGGAAGUGGACAGAUGGGGGCAGGAAUUGCACAGGUCGCUGCACAGACUGGCCACUCGGUGACGCUGGUGGACACAAACGAAGACAUCCUUAAAAAGGCUGUCAAAGGAAUCGAAGGGAGCCUCAAAAGAGUGGUGAAGAAGAAGUUUGCUGAGAAACCAGAGGCGGGGGACGAGUUUAUGCAGAAAGUCCUGCAGAAUCUGUCGACUUCCACAGAUGCCGGGGCAGCAGCUCAGACGUCUGAUCUCGUCUUGGAAGCCAUUGUUGAAAACCUAAAAAUCAAACAGGACCUGUUUGGUGUGCUUGACAAGGCCGCACCAGCACACACCAUCUUUGCCAGUAACACAUCCUCCCUGCCCAUAUCCGACAUCGCCAGCGCCACCAGCAGGCUGGACAGAUUUGGUGGCCUCCACUUCUUUAACCCCGUCCCUGUGAUGAAGCUUAUAGAGGUAAUUGGAACGCCAUCAACGAGCCAAGAGACUUUCGAUUCCCUCCUGAACUUCAGCAAAGCGCUUGGAAAAACACCCGUGUCCUGCAAGGACACACCAGGAUUCAUUGUGAACCGCCUGCUUGUUCCGUACUUACUCGAAGCUGUCCGCUUGCAUGAAAAAGGUCACGGGUCCAAAGAGGACAUUGACAUCGCCAUGAAACUCGGUGCAGGUUAUCCAAUGGGACCUUUUGAGCUGGCUGACUACGUAGGACUAGACACCAUUAAGUUCAUCAUUGAUGGUUGGAGCGAGAAGGACCCCGACAACCCCCUCUUUGCCCAAAGUGAAUACCUGAACCGGCUAGUGGGAGAGGGCAAAUGGGGCAAAAAGACAGGAGAAGGAUUCUACGGCAAAAAGUGAUCUAAUUUAAAAAUGUAUUGUGUGAAUGGACGUCCGUCCCUAACCAACGAGAACUUCAACAAAUGCUCUUUCCAAGAGAGACUCAUUAGAAAAGUGAAAGGAAAAACAGUCAGUGCCUUUUAUAUUAAAGGUCGAUUUUUAUGUGUGUAAAGUGUUAUUAUGGACGUCCACUACAAGAGCUCAGUGUUUUUAACUGAACUGAUCAAAGCUAAUUAAAUAGAGAUUUUUAUGUA